GCGUCAUAUUGUUAGCGGCUAACGCGAAAUUAUUCUCGUGUGAAUUUUGGCAGCACUUAUUUUGCCCACACAGAAUAUGAAGAAAGUCAAACCACUAUUGCACGAUCAUUUAAUAACGAAUCGAGUAAAGCAGUAUCUGGAAGAGCACAUUGACGAGACCUAUUUGGAUGUGAAGCAGAUGACCAAAGAGUUGAUGCGCAAAUAUCCCGAGUAUUCCCGUCGCAAAUUUGGACCAUUCAGACAACUUGUUCAUCAAGCUUUUUCCAUUGUUUCCGACAGCUACAACUUAGAUAAGGCAAGCAGCUCUGAGGAAGAAGAAGAUUUUCUAUCAGACGAAGCAGAGACGCCUAACAACAGCGUCAUGAAUAAUCUAAUGCAUGGUUUGUACACCCCAAAUCAAACUACAGUUCGCAAAGCACCGCCAACCCCAAAGCCGAGCAACGAGCCAAUUGACAUUUCCAGCGGUGAUGAGAACGAUGAUGAAUCCGUCAGUCCACCAAAUGGCACUGGCAGCUUGGCUGGUGGCGCUACGGUUAUAGCUCCGGUAAAAGCGGUCAAACGACCCAUGGAUCCAAGCCAGUCAAUGGCAGCUGUGCUGGCUAAGAAAGGUAAAACAUCGCUAUUUGAUCUGCUUGAAGGUACACGACAGGAUAACCUGACAGGUGGCAGUAACGCAGCUAACCAAAUGCCGUCGAAGAAAUAUGUUAACGUUUCGGCAAAUGUUGGUAAAGGCGACGUUGGGUCCAGCAAGGAACCAUCGCAUCAUGGACCCUCCCAUGGUUAUCAACAACAUCAACAGUUUCCACAACAGCAGCAACACCAUCAGCAUCAGCAGCAGAUGCGUGUUCGCCAUUACAAAAAGGAAUUGGAGGUGGCACGCAUCUCAGAGAGUUUCCGUGAUAUUGGUGGCAUGGAUGGCACACUGAAAGAGCUAUGCGAAAUGCUAAUACAUAUCAAAUCACCGGAAUUCUAUUUCCAAUUGGGUUUGCUGCCAUCGCGUGGCCUGCUGCUGCACGGACCGCCGGGCUGUGGCAAAACCUAUUUAGCGCGUGCCAUUGCGGGUCAAUUGAAAAUGCCGCUACUGGAGGUGCCGGCCACGGAGUUAAUUGGGGGCAUUUCUGGUGAAUCGGAGGAGCGUAUACGUGAUGUUUUUGAACAGGCCAUUGAUAAUUCACCAUGUGUGCUCUUCAUUGAUGAAAUCGAUGCCAUUGCGGGCAAUCGUCAGUGGGCCUCCAAAGAUAUGGAGCGUCGUAUUGUCUCGCAGCUAAUUACCAGCUUGGAUCAGCUAAAGAGCACUGAAUUCGGACAAUCAGUGGUUGUUAUUGCUGCCACAACACGGCCGGACGCUUUGGAUCCGGGUCUGCGUCGCAUUGGACGCUUCGAUCACGAAAUAGCUAUACAUAUACCAACGCGCAAAGAACGACGUGAAAUAUUGCGCAUUCAGUGCGAGGGUCUGUCCAUUGACCCGAAGCUAAACUAUGAUAAAAUUGCUGAGCUAACGCCUGGCUAUGUGGGCGCCGAUCUGUUGGCUUUGGUUUCGCGGGCUGCCACAAUUGCUGUGAAGCGUCGAUCAAUGAAAAAGUUUCGUGAGCUGCAUGCAGCUAGUGAAAUGAAUAUGACAACAGUUACACUGGACGAUGAUGAGCCCGCCGAGCCAGUGAAGGACAAGCCAGCAGAUGAGGAGCAGCCAGCCGAUGGGAAGGCAGCUGAUAAGAAGUCAACUGAUGAAAAAAAAGGUGAAGAAUCUGAAAAGCCAAGCUCGGAUAAAGAAAAUGCAGAAGCCACAAAUGGCGAGAAGGCCAAUGAAGAUGAUUCCAUGGAUGUGGAUGACAACGAAAAAUCUGAGACCAAACAGCCCGAAAAGCCAGCCAAGUCGCCAGUUGAGCUUGAUGAAUUCUACGAACCAACAUUGGCUGAGCUGACAAAUUUCUUGGACAAUCCGCCAGAGGAAUUCGCCGAUCCAAAUUUCUGUCUUACUUUAGAUGAUUUUAUGACCGCCGUUAAGGUUAUACAGCCAUCGGCAAAGCGUGAAGGUUUCAUCACUGUUCCAGACACUACCUGGGAGGAUAUUGGCUCAUUGCAUGACAUACGCGAAGAGCUGAAGCUAGCUGUGCUGGCACCUGUAAAGUAUCCCGAGAUGCUGGCACGCCUUGGCCUAGAGGCACCCUCCGGUGUGCUGCUCUGCGGCCCACCUGGUUGUGGCAAGACUUUGUUAGCCAAGGCCAUAGCCAAUGAGGCGGGCAUUAACUUUAUAUCCGUUAAAGGCCCUGAAUUGAUGAAUAUGUAUGUGGGCGAGAGUGAGCGUGCAGUGCGCGCUUGUUUCCAACGUGCUCGCAAUUCGUCGCCAUGUGUUAUCUUCUUUGAUGAGUUCGAUUCGCUAUGCCCCAAGCGCUCGGAUGGGGGCGAUGGCAACAAUUCCGGCACACGCAUUGUCAAUCAACUGCUCACUGAAAUGGAUGGCGUUGAAGAGCGUAAGGGCGUCUAUAUAUUGGCUGCUACUAAUCGGCCGGACAUCAUAGAUCCGGCCAUUUUGCGACCGGGUCGUUUAGAUACCAUACUCUAUGUUGGCUUGCCGCAAGAGCAGGAGCGUGUGGAUAUACUGAAAGCCACCACGAAGAAUGGCAAGCGUCCAGUGCUGGCGGAUGAUGUCGAUUUGAAGAAGUUGGCUACAAAAACGGUUGGCUAUACGGGUGCCGAUUUGGCCGGCCUGGUUAAGCAGGCAUCCAUGUUUUCGCUGCGUCAAUCUCUGAACAGCGGCAACACCAAUGCCGACGAACUUUGUGUGUGCCAAAAGCAUUUCGAAGAGGCACUCAAGCAGCUGCGUCCCUCGGUUAGCGAGCAGGAUCGCAAGGUGUAUGAGAAGCUGCGUCAGAAGUAUGCUGCACCGCGUUUGCCUUCUUUUGAGACCACCAAAAGAUUAACUCCAUGAGUGACACACACUGUUGUACUAGUAUUUAAGCAAUCACACACAGAUACACACACACACACAAAGGCAGCAAUCGUAGAGAUUGCGUGCAUAUUCCUCAUUUGAUUUACAAUGUACAAAAACCAAGUUAUAAAAUAUUAUGGAGCAUCAAAACAUACACACCCACAUACAGAAUAAAAAUGCCCAAGCGAACUCAACUUUGGGACCAAGCCCAA